UUGGUCGAUCAGUUGGUCGAUCAGUUGGUCGAUCAGUUGGUCGAUCAGUUGGUCGAUCAGUUGGUCGAUCAGUUGGUCGAUCAGUUGGUCGAUCAGUUGGUCGAUCAGUUGGUCGAUCAGUUGGUUGGUCAGUUGGUCGAUCAGUUGGACGAUCAGUUGGUCGACCAGUUGGACGAUCAGUUGGUCGACCAGUUGGACGAUCAGUUGGUCGACCAGUUGGACGAUCAGUUGGUCGACCAGUUGGACGAUCAGUUGGUCGAUCAGUUGGUCGACCAGUUGGACGAUCAGUUGGUCGACCAGUUGGACGAUAAGUUGGGCGAUCAGUUGGACGAUCAGUUGGUCGACCAGUUGGACGAUCAGUUGGUCGAUCAGUUGGUCGACCAGUUGGACGAUCAGUUGCCCAACCAGUUGCCCGACUAG